AUGCGUCUGGACACUAUAUUCAACUGGACAUUUCUCCUCCCUGUCAGCACCGCUCUGAGCAUCUCAUCACACCUCAGCACAGAGACAACACUGCAAUGCUCGACUCUGUACAACACUUCUUCACCUUCCACCCCUCUCCCCACACUCAUUGCUUCUGUGGCUCUCACCACAGAGUUGAUUCCAGUGAUUUUACACAACUACACCACUUCCACUGUCACGCGCACGCCAAAGCCCUUUGAAACGCUGUUUAGUGUGCUUGCUACAAAGACCAAAACUGUGGAGAAGCAGGCGGUGAAUGGAACGCUGGGAGUGGAGGUUACGAAGUUUAGGACGAGCACGUUUUGGCAUCAUGUCACGACUACGCGGACGGUGACGAAAGAGAGGCUGUUGACGAGUAGGACGACUGUGUGGGUGGAAACGCCUACUGGAUUUGUAGGCGUGAGGGAUUCUGCUUCUGCUUCUGCUGCUCAAGAUACACAGACUCCGCAGACGACACCGAGUAUAUCAAGACGUGUUCGUCGUGAGCGACCCCAGAGUUCAGCAUCCACAAGCAGCAGCAGAAAAGCACCGCUGCAAAAACCUACAAAAGAGAGAUAUGCAGUCAGCGUAAAUUGCGAGCGACAGAUACGCAUUCACACGACAGAAACUCUGUUGCUUACUGCCAGCAAGAUGGCGACGGUUACUGCAAAGCAAGAAACGAAAUACACUAAUCGGACUGUCUACGGAACCAUCACAUCUACUAUUCUUGCGAAGGGCAGCAGCACUUCUGCACCUACAGAGUCUAGCCUUGAAUCAAGUUCCGGUCCUGCUUCUGGAUAUGGAUAUAGUAUCUCUUCGACUGAAUCUCUAUCCUCCUCCUCUUGGUCAUUGACCUCGAAACGACAAGUAGAAUCCACACCAACACCAAUUCUCGCUUACACGCCAUCACUCUCCCCAUCUCUCCUCGACGACGCCCAGACGAUUGUAACAAACACAAACACCGUGACAAAAACACCCUACACAAUCACCUUCACCUGGACCGCCACCGCCACUUCUACUCUCACGCAAACACUGCAUGCCACUACGACCGUGACUUCACAUGCUGCUUGUGCGACUGGAAAUCUGUUGGGCCAGACUAGCAAUAACCGACGCAUCAACGGCGUUUCCCUGCCAGAGGGGUUGAGUGCAGAGAUUGUGAGUGUGGAGUCCAUGCGGAAAGUGACGGCCGCGUUGUGCUGUGAAGAGUGUAUAUCGAGGCAAAGGUGUUUGUGGAGUGUUUGGGAAGCCAGUGGUCAACACCUAGGAUCUUGUUACUUGGUCCUUGUCAACGACAACGCACCUGCAAUUUCCGCGGGCGGGAAGAAGCAGAAGGAGGCAGGAGGGAAAACGACACAAGAGCAAAAAGGCACAUUCGGUUAUAACGCUUUGAAUGGAGAAGUCAGAUAUGUGAUCAGUAAUGGUCUUUGUGGUGUGCUGUUAGAAUCAUAG